AGCGUGUUUGGCCUGCUGUUGAGGAGUGUCAUGUAGUGUACACUGUUAUACACUGCUAUGGUAGUUGGAGAACGGUGUGGUGUGUUGUCUUGUGUUGUGUUUGGUUGCGAGUAUGAGAGAUCACUGUAACUUAUAAAUGAGAAGGAAAAAGAAGAGGCGAGAUACCAAGAGUGAGUGAGUGAGUGAAUAUUACUACUAAUACACACGUACUGAGCGCACGGUGGCGGACACUACUCGCGCUAAGCGGCAGUUCUUACUUGGACUUGCUUCGCGAUAGAUUGUAUCGCUUUUUCGAUUUUACAUUGAUUCUUCGCGAUUGACUGGAAAACCGCGCGUUCUACCGCUUGGAUUUAAUCUCCCUCACGUGCAUGCAUUAAUUACCCAGUGCCCAAAGUGCUAAAGUGAUUAAUCUAAUUUAUUCUCCAAAUUAAUUACACUUUAAUUUUUAUUCAAAAAAUUAAUCAUCAAUCAAAUUGUUUUUCGAAUUUUUAUUAAAGUUUUUUAAUAAAAAUUUUUCAUGCUGAUGUAAUGAAGAAUAUUUUAAUGAUGCCACCAAAGACAAAUCGUUGUCCAGCUUCUACUGCGUCGAAUUAAAUUAUUUAUCGACAGCAGCUUGACGAGACAACGUCACUAUCUAGAUGAAAAAAAGUAAAAUUAAAAAGACAGCAAGAUAAAUAAUAAAAUGUCAGCACGUGAAUCCUCGCUGGUUGUUUUUAUGCUGACACUGGUGUUACUAAGUGAGCCAAGGCCUAGCAAUGGACUCUGCACGCUCGGUAAAAAUGGUACCCUGGCUCGGUGUCACUAUCUCGAGGACGUAAAUACCAUUGAAGAAAUACCGCUGCAGUGGCUGAAAAGUCUCAGGGUUUUAUCAGCCGGGCGGCAUUUGUCCGCGGACAAUCGAGCAUUCGCGCAUCUCACUAACCUCAGGCACUUGGACUUGUCUAACGGAAAACUCAGGAAAUUAGAUCCCGGAUGCUUUCGUCAGCUGCCUAGUCUUCGGACUCUCAACCUCGCUGACAACCACUUGACCCACUUGUCACCUGGCACUCUCCAGGGAUUAGAUCACCUUCAAUCUUUGAACCUAAAAAAAAACUUGCUCGAAGAAAUUCCUGCUGACGUAGCUGCUCUUAACGACUUGAAGUACUUGGAUAUAUCCCACAACAAUCUUAACUGCGACUGUGAGUUUCUAAAACUACGUGACAGUAUUAUCAAGCGCGGGGUCGCUCUUUCCAAGAAGACGAUCUGUAAUGCCCCGGAAAGUUUGAAAGGACAACUAUUAAUCGAAUUAAAAACCUAUCAGGUUUGUAUGGCCGAUGAGCUCGACGACAGUCUCGAUGGCAUGCAAAUGGAUCAGCCACUGGCUGAAGAAGGCUCCGGUGAAGGCUCUGGGGACGCUUUUGAUGAAUUAGAUCCCGAAGAUAUACCCGAUGACGAUGAAAAAGUAUCAGAAAGUGAAACUCACUCCACCACAACUUCGAUACCCGUUCAAGUGUCGCUGACACCUGAGACUACAACUUCCGGUCAAGGAGAUGGAGACGACGGAAUUUUCUUCAACGAAGAUACCGAAAAACAUUCGACAUCUUCCACUACCACAACUGUGUCGACAUCUUUAGAAACAACGACAGAUAUCCCCGUAGAAACCACCGUGGCUGUUGUUGAAGACAAGGAAGAAAAUAAAGACAAAGGAGAAGAUAAAGACAAUGAAGAAGAUAAAGAUAAAGACGAUAAAAACAAAGAAGAAAAUAAAGACGAAGUAGAAGAUAAAAUCAAAGUAGAAGAUAAAGACAAAGACAAGGAGCUAUGGGAAAAAGAAGGCUCCGGAGAUGACGAUGCUGAUGAUCCUUGGGUAACCGAGGGCUCUGGUGAAGGUUCUGGGGUUGCAAUUCCUCACAUAACUUGGGACGAAGACGAGUCACUGAAAAAUAUGGACAAUAAUCAAGAUAACACCAGUGAAACGGUGUCUACAUCGACGACCGAAUCUACAGGAAUAAUUAGCUCCAUUUGGGGUAUACUCUGGGGCACGACUCCACCACCUCCCGCUUCUACUACUGAAGAAUUAGAUCUUGAGGAAGAGCAAUUCAUUAAAGCGACAUCUGAAGCUACUGAGGAAGAAGAAAAAGUCGAAGAAGAGGUAAUCACACCAGUACAAGUGGUUCCAGUUGAGAGCGAAAGUAUCAAACCGGGGGUUCUUGAUGAUGGUAAGCUUGGACAGGUAAAGGUUGAAUCACCGGUUGAAGUUGCUGGGACAGAUGCUACUACCGAUAAGCAGGAAACGCAGAAAGGAAUGGGUUCUUAUGUGGUUCUCGCAAUUCUGUUGGCCGUACUCGCGACUUUGAUAGGUUUUGCGGCUUACAAGGGAAAUUUCUGCAGAAAGGGGCGCAAACGUAAUGAUCACGACGACAAUAAUGACGUUGAAAAUGGAACAGAGUUAAAGGACUUGAAGAAAUCACUGCUCAACACUGCGAAUUUGACACAACCGAAGAUUUCUACUAAUGGGAACAGCAGCAAGCCUGAAAGUAUGCCGUUAGUGAGCUCCGGUAAAGGUGAUAAUGGUAUGAAGAUAAACGAUGACGAGCCGACCGCCAAGUACAUUGGCACAGUCAACGAAUCCGUGGAUCCUGUGAAACCUCCGAGGAAAUCGUUCUCUCCGGGUGAUAUUGAUAGUAAUGAUAAUCACAAAAAGGAUGGGACUAAUGGUAAAAUAGUUACCACGCCUCAGUUGUCCUCAGAUCCGUCGAUAAUGCGAUAUCCUAGAGUAUCGAAUAAUAGAGAGGUUAUGGCUAAUGGUGGCGGCAACCGUGACUCCCUGUCCUCGUCUGGAUCCCACUCACGGCUGUCAAAUUUACGACUCAAUCAGGAUCUUCAGCCGCCUGGUAGUCCUGGUGCUCAACGCGUUAAAAUAACUCUUCAAGAUAUUCCUGACAGCGUCCCAAAAACGCCUCUACUUAUUACGAGAACAAAGGCCGGUGAGAACCUAGUCAAGACCUGAAGAUUAUUUUUGGCAACUCAAAUUCUAUCCCUCGAUUACGUUAUAUUGUUUAAAUUUAUUUAAUAUAUAAAUGUGAUCGUGAGGAGACUCUUUUUUUCGUUGCUCUUCAGGGUUUAAGACUUUGUUGACUUUAAAUUUCUCGUUAUUUUUUAUUAUUUAAUUGAUUAAUUAAAGUUGAUUAAUUAGUUGAAUAAUUACGACGACCUUGAAGAUAUAUUUUUAUAUUGACUGCCGUGGCUUAUUGUUGGAAAGCCUUUUCGCGCAAUCGAUUUCAUAAAUUAAGUAGAAAAUUAAUUUUUAAUUUAUUAUUGAUUAAUAUUAAUAUUAAUUAAUUAUUAUUGAUUUUAAGAUUGUAAGUUAGCGUAAAUGUCAAUAUUUUAAAAAGUUAUUUUUUAAAUGAAUAUAUAUGUAUACAUUUUUUUAUAUAGAUUUUUUUGAUGAAUAUUUAUAGAUGUAGGUGUAAUGAAUUUAGAGAAAGUCCAAUUCUAUAAAUAUGUAAAUGUUAAAAUAUAAUUAGUUAUAUUUAAUUGAAUUAAUUUAAGUCAAAGUAUAGUCUUAUAACAAGGCAUUAUUUAUACUGUUGUUAGUUUUAAAUGAAUAUUAAAAACAUUAUUAAUCGAUUUUUAAUCACAGAAUUUUAUAAAAAUAUAAAUACUCAUUUGUUACCUUUAAUUAUAUCCUUUUAUUCAACAGGAUUAUUGCGUGAAAAAGAGAAAUUGAAGAAGUAUUUCAUGUCCAGUAAAUUAUCUUUGUUAAAUUUUUUUUAUAAACAUAAAUAAAUAGACAAGUAGGACUUUAUGUUUUAGAAGAAAUUAGGAAUUUGUUUUGUUGUAAGUAGUUAAAUUUUUAAUUCUGGUAUUUGAUAUAACGUGUUAAUAUAAGUGUAUUCAUAAUAUUGACGAGGUAAGGUACAGAGCAUGGGAUACGAUUCAAACGAGAAUGAGUGAGAAAAGAGAUAAUAUAAAAACCGGGACUUUUCCGGCAGAUGGUAGCAAGUGUUUUUCCUCUAUAGACAUAUUAGGAAAGGUUUCAAGUUUGAAUAAAUAUGCAAAUGAA